GCCCUGCCCUGUCCCCGCUCCAGCCCUUGCACAACGCGCUCUCCCCAGACGCAGCCGGCACCGGGUGUCCCGAAGGUGUCCCGCUGUCCCAAAGGUGUCCCGGUGCUCUCCCGGGCCAGCCCCGUGUCUGGGGACAGCCGCGCAUGGAGGGGCCGCUGCCCGGGGGCCCUACAGCAGCCGAGCAGCUCCCGCGGCCACCACAGCAGGGAUGUCGGAGACCUCCUCCAGCAAGGACGGAGCCCCGGCCGAGUGCCCCGUGUGCUACGAGAAGUUCCAGCCCCUGGAGGCCACGCACCGGCGGCUCAGCUGCGGCCACACCUUCUGCCACGACUGCCUGGUGAAGUGCCUGCUCUCGGCCAAGCUGGACGGGCACAUCCAGAGCAGCAUCAUCUGCCCCGUGUGCCGCUACGUCACCUUUCUCAGCAAGAAGAAGGCUCUGUGGCCGCCCAGGGCGGGCACCAACCCCCGCGCGCUGGAGAUGCCUCUGUCGCCGUCCUCCUUGUCCCAGCUGGCCAAAAGUGAGGCCAGCAACACGCUGGUGGUGCCCAGUCACUUUGUGAUGCCGGUGCAGAGCCUGGAGCGGUGCUCGGCGGGCCCGCAGGGGCUCCCGGGGGUGCUGGCACGGGAAGCUCACAUCUUCGUCAUCAGCGACCACGGGAUGCCGCUGGUGGCCGCGGACUGCGGCUCCCUGGGCGGGAGGAGCAGGGCGGACACGGCCAGCUCGGUGUCGUCCAGCCCGGCCCUGGGGCUGAAGUGCUGCCAGUCGCCCAUGGCCCUGGCCGUGAUGCUCGUCCUGACCGUGGCCAUGCUGGCGGCCGUGCUGCCGUGGCUGCUGCUGGUCAAGAGGGACUUGUAGCAGGGAUGGGAUCAGCUGGGACACCAAGGUGGUGUCACUGGUGCUAGGAUGGAGCUGGGGCUGGAGCCUCUCUCUAAAGGCUCCUGGAGAAAGCCCAGAAGCAGCUUCAGGUGAAGCUCUCUCAUCUGAACGGACUUUCAGACCUUCCUGCAGCUCUCCGGGUGCUCACGGUGUCACUGGUGGCAUUUUCUGUCCCUUUUUGUUGAAAUAUGGCAGGACACACCCUGCUCGUGGCUUCCUGCAGGGUCUCGGUGGAGAGGAUCCUCCUGCACCCUGUGACAGCCCCUGCAGGGCCCGAGGGGGCCGGGCUGGUCCUGCCCAGCUCCUCCCCAGCUCCGGGCAGGCUGCGACUGGCAUCAAGCACAGCCAAGGGCUCUGUGCACCAGAGGGUGAGGGCUGCCAGGCUGUGGGGCUGCUGGAGGCCCCCAGGCUCCCAGGAUGUUUGGAUCAUUGUGAUGCAGCCAGCCUGGAGCAGAAACUCACGGCUUCCAUCCCAGGGAUGGAUGAAGCAGAGCCUGCAGCUGCCGGGCACGAGGGCAGUGAAACCGGAGGACGGAGAGAGUGAUGCUGGCCCUGCUGAGCUCACCCUCCCCUGUGCCAGCCUCCCUGCAGUGCCAUGGCACGGGAAGGGAGGCCAGCUCAUCCCGCAGGCAGUCCCAGCCGUGCCCUCCCUCACCUCUCUCUGAGCUCCCCAGGGUCGUGGCCGUCCUCCUAUUGUCACAGCGUCCCUCCUGCCCUGGUGAGCCGGGGACAGGGGGUGGGGUGGAGGGUAGGGAGUAAACCCAAGUUCUGACCACCAUAAGGAGGCAGAUUUGGGAUCCCACCCUGCUGUCCUUGCCAGAGCCCCGUGGCAGAGUGACAUUUCCUUGUCCCUGUAUCCCACUCCUGAGGUCUCACACCCAAGGACCCAUUUUCACCUGUGCCAAACAGGCUGGGCACUGCUCAGCCCCCCAAACCUCCUGGCUUUGCCCUCUUGGGACUGGUCCCACCUGAGGGGACCCCAGGGUCAGCCCCCAGCCCAGGGCCCCCCUUUGGGAGGGCAGUGGGCAGCAGGGAGGCACAGCUGGGAUUUGGGA